AUGGCAGAUCAACAAUCGCGGUUGAAGAUCAUUAAUGACAACCCCAUCGGGAAAGGUCUCGAUGCCUUCCGCACUUCGUUCACUUCGAUUUGCGAAGGAGCCGCUGUCUCCUGCACCCCAGAUGCGUUGGAGCAGCUUGGCCAGAAAGGUAAGAAAAAUCUCGCUAUUAAACUUAUUGCGGCAUUGCAAGGCCUCCAGACCUCUCUUCUACUCCCCUCUAACAGCAGUACUCUCGAUAGCCACUCUAAUGAUAUCCUCAUUUGGAAAUACGUCUACGACGUCACAGAACCCACCCCGCCCCCCCGACCUGUAGCAUCUUCCCUCCAACAAACGCCCUCGCGACGCACCACGAGCAGCUUAGUGAACUCCUCCGAGUACCACGAUAAUAUUGACCCGGUCCUGAAGUCUGAGCUUGGUCUUGUCUAUGUCGAUGUUCGCCGUUUCCGCGAAGCAUACUUUGGAGGCUGCAUGGAUAGUAGUAAUCCGCUCUUUGGUAGCGAAGGGUGGAGCGAAUGGCCGGCGGGCUCCAGAGGAAAGCGUAGUGUGGACAUCGGAUUCGUGAAGGAUGACUUUACGUACGACCCCACGGCGGACCCCACGGCGGGAAAAGUUUUCAGAUAUCACUUGUCGCAUGCCCUCGUGCCAGGUGAACUGAAGAGCAACCCUUCUGCCGAUAUACCAUCAAUUGCAAUGAUCUCUAUCGCCACGUAUGCGAGAGAGGUGCUCUCCGCUCAAGAUACUCGUCGUUUCGUCUUGGGCUUCACCCUCUGCGGGUCCUAUAUGAGAAUAUAUGCGUUUGACCGGCUAAGGGCGAUUGCGUCUGAAAAAUUCGAUAUCAAUAAGGAAGGACAGCAAUUCGUCUCUACGAUACUCGGAUUCUUAUGGAUGAACGAAGAGGAGCUCGGUUUCGAUCCGACAUUUAUGACAGCCAACGUUGGCCGAGCGACGACUUGUUGGAAGGCCCGCCGUGAAGAGGAUCCGCAGAACCCGUUGGUUAUUAAAGAUUCGUGGCAAUGGCCAAACCGAGACGAGGAAGGCGACUUGCUCCGGGAGGCGACAGGCAAAGGCGUGGUCAAGGUGGCCCUAUAUUACCAUCAUGAGACGGGCCAGGUGAACGGUAUGGAUGACGAUAUUGGAAGCAAUGUUCGAAAGGGGCUAGAUAUUACGAGCGCUACCAACUACGGAAAAGGAAGGUCGGUGGUUUCGCCGAGCACGAGCGCGGCAGGUGCCCCACGGAAAGGCCAAAGUAGUAGUGCUACUGGUACGAAGCGGUCGUACAGCCAAGCUGGCGCACCGCUACCACCGAGCAAGCGAUCCGGUUCAGCAUUUACGAUCAAGGCUGGCAGCGAUUUGCUGCUCAAUCGAAUACAUCGGCGUGUCAUUCUUCGCGACUAUGGAAAGCCGAUCUACAAGGCCAGCUCCCGAGCGGCUCUGCUUACCGCCUUGGAGGGUUGUAUCAAAGGACACGAAUCAUUGUACAUGGCUAGCCUCCUCCACAGAGAUAUCUCCAUCAACAACCUCAUGAUCAACGAGGACGAAAACAACCCUUCCCUCCCUUCCUUCUUGAUUGAUCUUGACCUCGCCGUCCGAGUACAACAAGAAGGUGCCUCCGGAGCGAAGGGAAAGACCGGCACAAGGGCUUUCAUGGCCAUCGGGGCUCUUCAGGGCGAGCCACAUUCGUUUAUGCACGAUCUCGAGUCAUUUUUCUGGGUGCUCUUUUGGACGUGUAUCCGCUAUAACGCCCAGGGCAAAGAUAUUGGGUCAACCGGAUUUGACAGCUGGAAUUACCAGAAUGACCAUAUGCUAGUUCAGUCCAAAAAGGGCGAGAUCGAUGACGAGGAAGAUUUUAUCAAGAGCGUAACUGAAAUUUUCACUUUACACUACCAGCCGUUGAUCCCAUGGGUCAGUAGACUGCGGAGGAAAGUAUUCCCAGACGGAAAAAGGUGGAAGCGGCUGGAACCAGAGCUCUAUUCUUCGAUGAAGCAGAUCCUUCGCGAUGCUCGGAAGGACCCAGAGGUGUUGGCAGAUAGCAUUAUGUAG